UGUGUUUCAAUCCGUCUGAAAUAUACACGUGUUUUCUGCAAUACAACUGACCUAUUUUAUAAGGUAUUUGUAGGAUGUUUAUGUCACUGUGUUUGAAGAACGAACUUGUAUAUUUAAGAAGAUUUAUUUGAGUAGUCAAACAAACCGGCAACCGAUUUUUAAUCUGAUCUCAUAGUUGUGUUGAAUCAAUUUCGCCCGAAUUGACGCCUUAGUCGAAUGUUCCGCGAGCGUGGCUUUGAGCUACUACUUUGUUUAAUUUUAGACACAAGUGACAAAUACUUUGGAAGUUGUGUAUUCCAUUCAGUUUCUCAUAUAAUUUCUUAGUUUCACGAUGUCUUCUGCGAUGUCCACACAUGAAACUUUUAUAGAAGUAUGUGUACGGAGUAAUUGUAAACAACUCUAAAUUAUUACUUUACUGUGUGACGAUAAGGUUCAUUUUAGUUUACAAAAAUGACUGUACGAAAGAGUGCUAGUUUUACAGUGUACCAGCGUCAUAUUAAUUCCAUUAGUAGUGAAACUUCAACAUCAUCUAGUUCAUCAUCAGAAUCAAGUGACACACCAUUGAAACGGUUCAACAAAAUAAUCCGAUCUUCGGUAGCACGCCACUGGGCUUACUUCAGGAAAGAAAGACCGGGGCUACGGAGCAGUGACCGAUGUAAAUCCGAUUCUACAAUCUGUGAAUUAGUUCAUAAUGAUUCCCACCUGGAGUAUUUGGACAUCUCGGCAGCCACCUGCCCCCGUCGCUCUCUUCAGGUUGGCAAUGGACCAGCUAGGGCCAUACCGUCCUUGUUUAUUACGUCGGCGGGAGGGUCGGGCAGCGCAGUAGGCCUCGAGGAGGCGAGCGACGGGAGUGACGCCGAGCGCCCGCGGAGGGGGCAUCACCUGCGAGUGCCUACACCUGCUUUUGUUGGACAGUCAACCGGGAACUUCGCAGCGGGCGCGGCGGGUGGCGGGUGCGGGGCCCCGCGCUCCGCUCCCGCCACCCCGCUGCAGCUCGAGCCACACCCUCGCACCAAACAUGAUAAACAAACUCUAAAACCUCUGUCCGGGUCAGCGCCGUCGGUGCGUGUGGGCGCGUUGAACGCCAACACAAACGACACAGCCGAAGGCAAGCAACCCAGUAAGGCCCGACAAAAGAAAUUCAUGAGGCAUUUCCCGCAGGUUGGCCCCGAGGAACGGGUUCUUAAUUAUUAUUCCUGCGCUCUGGUGGGUGACCUACUCCUGCAAGGUCAUCUGUACAUCACCAAGAAUUACUUUGCUUUCUACUCGAACGUGUUCGGAUAUGUGACCAAGUUGCUAAUCCCGACGUCAUCGGUGCUCCGGAUAUCAAAGGAGAAGGUUGCCCGUAUAAUUCCAAAUGCAGUUGGCGUUUGCACUCGGGAUGAGAGACACGUGUUCGGUUCUUUACUGUCUCGUGAUUCCACUUAUAAAUUGAUGAUGCACGUAUGGAAAGCGGCCAGGCCCGAGUUGGCAACACCAAAGCCACAGGAUGCCCGAAUAUCGGAAGUGGAUUUGGACGCUUCAGAGUACUCGCCCGAGGACGAUAGCAGUUCAGGAGCUGGCGAGAAUCAUGACCCACCGUCGCCACCGGUCCGGAGAGAUUCUGAAUCUGGCGCAUGCGCUACAGUGAUCCAGCCGGCGCUGCUGACGGGCGGCGUGGUGGGCGUGGUGGGCGUGGGCGCGGCGGCGGGAACGGUCGCGGGGUGCGGGCGGGCGCGGGGCGCGGGCGCGUGCUGGCGCGUGCUGCUCGUGGCCGCCACCGCGCUGCUGGCGAUCACCGCCGCGCUGCUCUCCUACAAGUUAUACCUUGUAAAACUGCAUCCACAGGAGGAACUAAGUAAAUUAUCUGGCGAGGAAAUGUACUCUGAAUUGAUGAGGUGGCGGACGCGACUGCACGGCCGCGCCGCUAACGAGCUGCACGCUUUCCUUACUACCAACCUGCUUCUACUCACAAAGGUGCGGCAAUCCUUAGAAACGUUGUCCGGAGUGAUAUUAACGGACAUGGCGCAUGGCUCACCUCUCAACGUGGACAUGCCUAACGAGACUGUCUUCAGUUAGCGCAGCCGGCGACAACAGCCGGCCAGCCGGUCGCCGUCGGAAGGUUGUGUGCCUCGACUUGCAGAUAAUUGUGUUUAGGGUACCUACCUACACGCAGUUAAAAGGCCUUUCCGAUAAUCGAAGAAUUUAAUUGUGCCCCGCAAAUACGUUUACGCUCGAAAUAUACAAAUCUCAAAAUAAAAAACAUAUGAAAUUCAAAAUGUUCAUAUCUCUGUUAAAGGUCGCCUGAUAGAUCUCUUUUAAUGGUAAGAUCAUGAAGAAGACGUAUAAUGUACAUUGUACUUCUCCUACCAUAUAGUUGUUUGUUAUUAGUUACAUUAAGAUAUUAUUUGAAGAUGACAAUAAAAAUAAAAAAAUAUACUAUAAUACUGAAAAUAUCAAAGUCUCUGAUAUCUAUAUCUCUAAUGAAAAGUCUUAAUAAACCUAUGCCAAUCGUGAUAAAAUGAACAAGGAAUAAACAUAGAUGUAAACAGUAUCGCUUGCAAUGAGAAUUACCAAAAUCGUUACAGAAUUGCCGGCACUUAAUCUGUGGUCGUAGCCCACUCAUACUUAAACGAUAUAAUUCAUUUGGAAAAUAUACUUUAUAUUCUGAGGAGAUAAAAAACAUCGCUACAAAAGUAUCUUAAAGUUCCUAUCACUGAUACGAAGUUUUUUUUUAAAAAAAGGGCGAACAUAUAAGAUCGUGGAAAGGUCACAGGUUUUUUUUUUUACCUAGAAAGCCCUUCUCUCAUUAAUAAUAUUAAUACAAAAUUGGAGAAGAUAUCGUGUACUCACUAAAAAUGACCAUAACCAAUAUUUCGUCAAGGUUUUUUUUUUAUAAUGAAUAAGAUUUUCAAGAGAUAACAAUUGAAGAACCUUAAAGAGGCGAAAGCAAUGUCCCCACCAUCAAAUAGGUCGUAUGCAUAUUUGCGUGACAUUUUUAUUAUUAUCGGAAGCGCAUUUUAAUAUAAUUAAUUAUUUAUCGUGUCUAAUUAAAAACAUUAAUAAUUGUAGCAUGUAAUUGGUUACGGUGGAGGAAUCUAAUUUCUUGUAACCAGCUUAAGUUAUGAUUUUCUUAUAAAGAAUAAAUCGUCAUAGUCGUAGAAUACUGACGGAUCUGACAAAGAUUACAUAUAAAGAUCCGUUACUAUUCUACGACUAUGACGAAAUGACAGCAACUAUUUCCAGUUUCGUCAAUGAUGAAAUUUUAUUUGCAUACAUAAUCGACGACAUUGGUUAUUUUUACGACUUCUAAAUUGUCAAAUUCAUUUAAUGAUUCCACGAAUUGAAUGAUUCUGAAUAUAGAAUUAAAUUUUAUGGAUAACAAAUUUUCAGAAUCAUUUCAUUAUCUAGUUUCAGUCUGUAUAAAGUUGUCGUUAUCAGUUGCUAUAUAAUUUUAAAUUGCUAGCAAUAUUCACUUCGGACUAAAGUCUAUAUGUUUUAGUACAGUAGUAGUAAAAUAUAUAGUUUUAGUUUCGGAGCAUUCAGAGAUAAGUAGGAUAUGUUAUCUUUUCAUUUUGAUAUGGAUAUAAUGGUACUAUAAGAGCUCAACAUAAUAUUCAGUGCUAGGCAUUUAUAUUUCUUUUUUUAUGUAAAUACACGUUGUCUAUGGUGUUGUUAUUGUCUAUAGAUAUAUUUAAAUUUAUAAUCGCAAUGAAUGUGCUAAAUUUAGCACUAUAUUCAUACCGAUAAAUUAUUUAAUUUGUACAGAAUAGAUGCUAGCCUUUUAGCCAACUUAUUAACGUGAGAAAGUGAAUGAGACUGAGACCAUUGAAUGAUUUCAAAGUGUUUUAUUUUGUGUAAUCUGUAUUUUUAUUAUUUGACAUAUUUAAUAAACAAACUUGGCGUGUUUAUUAUGGAAAACUGAUAUAUAAAAAGAUGCACGAAAAAUAGCAAUGUACAAUAAUAUAUACAUCUUGGGAAAGGGAAAAACAAAGUAUCGUAACUUCAAGUAGAUUAAAUUAAGUGUUGUAUUGUAUCAAGAAGCAAAUAAACUCGUCAAAAAUCGCAGUCAGUGGCAAAAAUUCCACCAACAAGAGUGCGGCUCUUAAGAAAAAAAUUAAUAAGAACACAAAAAUAUGAUGUUUUCGUUAAAAAGACAUGCUAAGUUUGUUUACAAAGAUGCCAAGAUAAAACAGUAUAGGUAUGUAUAUGAUAUCGAUUCUCGAUUACUCACUAGUGAGUAUUCGAUUCUACGAUAGUAGGUGUCUCUUCAAGUCAGUAGAGAUGUGGAUCCGUGUCCAAAGAGUUACUAUGUUAUCCAAUUCGAUUUUGUAACUAUUGAAUGUGAUGUUAAAAUGUACAUAAGAUUAGUUUUGAAGUUGGUUUAAAAUAUGUCUAUAAGGCAUAACUAUGUCGUAUUAAUUGUGUCAAACACACUAGGUUAAGUUAGGUUAGGCCAAACAUUUGUUUUUGUUGAUACCGAUAAUAGUGAACGAUGCAAUUUUAUUGUGAACCAAGAAGAGUCCUAUGUACGUAGAGUACAAGCAAGACUUUGUCCAUUUUAUUAUGUUUAUUGUUAGAUUCCAAACCAAAGUUGUCCGUUAGUUUGGCCUUAGAAAUGUUAGGUGUAGUCGUAUUCACAAUUGUAGUGUAAAUUAUACAAACAUGUACGUAAGACUGACUGCUAACAUGCCCUAUAUUUAUGUUAUUACUCAAUUUACAGUUUAUUUUUCUACUUGGCAUAUUUAGUAAAUAAUAUAGACUUUAUCAGAAUUGGUCAUUUAAUAACAAGACAAAAGUAUUAGACAAUAAUAAUACAUAAUGACACCAAAAUCUUUUUUAUUUUAGCCAUAGUUUAUGCACUUACAUUUCUAUAAACAGAUAUGCUAUGAUUUUUUUAUUAAAUAUGCCAAGGAUAUAUAACUAUUAUAUAUGUAUUUAUAUUAUGACUAUUUAAAAAAAAAACUAUUUUAAUAUAAAAAGAGAAUAUCAUCGCCAAAUAUUGAGAAAAGGUGCGACUCGAUGGAUAACUGCAAGUAAUAGUGACAUCUGGCGGGAUUUAAGUGAGAACAUUUAAUUAUUACUUUAUUGACUUCCCUCUCCCGAACAAUACAAUUGUGAAUGCGGCGCUGUCAGAAAGGCAGUGGUGCUAGUAAUUAGAUAAGGGUAAAAGAACCAACAUUCCUCAAUUGAGCAAUAUCCCAAUUCCAUAGUAAGAAUGUUUAGCUUAUGAAAGAUUGGCCCAAAAUUGAUAGAGUUGUAAAUGGUUUGCCAAAUGUUAUAUUCAUAAUAUUUCUUGCCACUUUAUGUUUUUUUUUUAUAAAUAAUAUUUAAUAUCGAUAAUAAGAACUGUCACUGAUGAGUGUAAAAAAAUAGAACUUUCAUGAAAUGAAAUCAUAAUGUAAUUUUUUUUCUGACGAUCGAAAUAGUUUCUUUCUUUGUUAAGUUUCUGUUAUAAACAGUAUGUAAUAUUUUUUUUAUUUUUACCAAUCGUUAAAAACAAUGUAUUGUAUACAUAUGAAUACAGUAAUUAAUGACCAUUUAUUGUUAUAAAUUAUUGUUCUAGUCUUCGGGAACGCUCAAUCGUUGGUUUACGUAAAAAUUGGGUUAGUACUUAGUGACGGAAAUGUAAUGUAAAAACAAUCCAACUUUUAAAUUUAUUAUUUAAUAAUUUUAUAUGCUUAUAAAAAAUCUGUACUGGUAUUUGCUUUACUUCAAUAUGUUCAAUUGAACACCAAAAAAUUUUAUAUUUAAUCAUUGUCAAUAUCGAGGAUAGUAUGGGCACAGAUAAUAUUAUGAUAAAUCGAAACAGAUUCCAUAAAUAAAUAUAGAACUUUAGAAAAGAAUCCUACAGAUUCAAUAAGUAUUGUAUCAGUAUUUAUGAUCUAUACAUUAAUCUGUUCUUGAAAGUAUUUAAAAAUUUACCUCAUGAAGAUAACAUUGUACCGGGCCUUUUACUAAAGAUAGACAUAUAUGUAUCUUAUGGUUUAGCAUCUUGAUAAUAGAGGGCGCUAGAACUUAUAAAAAUAAUUUGUACGCAAGCUAGAUUUAAAAUAGGGACGUGUAAAAUAUUAAUCAUGCUGGUGAUUGUUUUAAUGUAAUCCAAGGGCUUUUAUAUAUCUUGUGUAUACUUUGUUGAAUUUAGUCAAUGUAAUUAAAUGAAAUUGGUCGUUGAACUGAACACGCAUGGCCUAAUUUGCACUAGGCUAACAACAUCAGUGCCAAAAACUUUUCUAUAUUUCAAAUUUAGGCCUCCUAGUGCGUUCUUGUUGUGUUGAUUAUACUUUUGUUGGUCGCUUAUUGUUACCACAAGAUUUAGGAUAUUCUUAAAAUCUAUAAAGAGUGCAAUCUGACUAAAAAGGCACUCUGGUGUCGGCGAUAGCUUAGUGCAUUCGUGGGGUGUGGGAAUAUACUGUAAGGGGAUGUUCAUAUCUGUAAGAGACAGUUAUCACUUUCAUGUGAAUCAAUCAACAUUCUAUCAUUCCCAGUACAUAGUCAUAAAUAAGUAUACUCAAACUGUACGAGUAAUUUAUUAUGUAGUGACUGUGUUUAGACACUUGUGGUAAUAAUUCUAAAUUUGACACUUUAUUUUUUCACCAUUAACGAAUCAUUUGUAAUUAUUAAAAAUUUGCCAAAGAAAUAGUAGAUAGAAAUAUCAAACAUAGUAUAGGAGAUUUGUACAAUAUAUAGUUGUAGGUAGAAUCAUGUUGUUAUAUUAUUUUUAUUAUUUUACAUGUGUAACUUCUGCAGAAUCUUGCAGGUAAUGUGUUGUUACAUUAUUUUUAAUAAAUAGUUUAUUUAUUUCGUAACAUAUAAUGUACAAGUGGAAAAUUUUAAAGGUGUUCAAGUCAAUAUAUUUCAACGUCUAGACUUGUUUCAUCUUUAGAAAAGCUUCUUAAUAUUAUGUUAUCAUCAAAUUAUAAAUUUUUAAUAUUAUUAGUUGUUUAUAAGAACACUCUAUUUUUUGGAAAUACAAUGGAAAGCUUUAUUUUUGUAUUUAAAUAUGUAAUACAGACAUUGCUAGUUUAGAUCUAAACAUUUUCCACUUGCUCACGAAAGUGCAAUGUACUAUUCAGUGAUGAGAAUUUAUGUAAUAAGUUGAUUUAUUUCUACCGCGUAGGAAUUGUUGACGUGUUUGGUUGUCGCUCAUUUUUGUAUAUUUGUUCAAAGUUAUGUAUGGUUCGUUUGUUGUUUCUUGUAAAUAAUAGAUUGAGUUAAUUGAAAA